ACUGGCACCAUCUGACAGGCAGCUGAGCAGAAAUUAAUCACAAAGCAAAGCAAAGCAAAGCAAAGCAAAAGAAUUUCUGUCGCUCGUCGUUUGCGGUACGGCGCGCUGCUGUACUUUUGUUGGUUCGUGUCGGACCCCGUGUAAAAUGUCGUCCUUUACGGGAAGAUGAAAAACUGUGCCUAGCCGACGCGAGAAGUGCUUUCUUUCGGUUUUCGUUUUCGUUUGUCCAUUUUGCCCGUCCCGAAUACACCAGCGAGAGCAGUGAAGGUUAUCGGCGACCAGCUUCCCGGGUGGGCGUUUUUUCCCUGCUCUCCGUUUGUCCCGUUUUUGGAUGUACUCGGGGAUGAAGAUAGAAUUGUUGGGCCUGUGAUACGCGUGAGUGCAAAGUUCUGUCCAAGUGUCCACCCCUUGCCCCCGUGCAAAAGUUUGUUUGUGCCGUGCGACAUUUGUAGGGCGGAAGGAAAAAAGAGAUCCGACUCUGCGCUUCGGAACCAGAUCGGAACCAAACCCAUCCAUCGCCGGAUCGUCGUUUUCGGCCCAAGAACGCAACGGAAUUAACGGGUUAAGAAAGAAAGCAGCAGCAGACACGCCGACGAAGCAGGCACUGCGGGCUGGCAUGGUCGGAUGUCGGUACGUGUGAGGUGCAGCAAAACGGGGAAAGUAAAUAUUUUUGGGUGCCAGUGAUCUUGUCCUUUUGGUUUGGCGGAAGCGACGGCGGCAGAAGGUGACGAAAGCGGCAGCGGCGGCGGCUGCGGCGGUGGCGACGGUGGCGGUGCUAAGGCCUGUGGCAAAGCGUGUAUCGACCGAAGGAGAUUUUUUCACUUUUCCUCUUCCCAUAACAAACCGCCUUUUUCGCCAUGGACUCUUCGAUAAUUACUGUACAGGCACAGUAUUCGUUCAAGGGUUCCAACAACGAUGAGCUGUGUUUCAAAAAGGGCGAUAUCAUAACGCUUACCCAGCGUGAAGAGGGUGGUUGGUGGGAGGGAACGUUGGGCGACAAGACAGGCUGGUUUCCUAGCAAUUACGUGAAGGAAUAUGUCGGACCGUUGCCCUUAUCCGAAACAAUACGACCGCCCGAGGAAAUACAGGCCUUUCGAUCGGUGGUGUUUCGUGAUUUGUUAGAAAGCGAGAAAGCACAUGUUGCUGAGUUGCGCGGACUAUCCGAAAACUUCCUGGAACCGCUGGAAGGCAGCCAAAUACUUUCUUCUAACGAAUAUACGCAAUUAAUGUGCAACUUUCUCGAAGUGGUGGAAAUGCACGAAGAGUUCUUACAGUCUCUGGAGGAUUGCAAUGAUCGUGUUGGCAAGGUGUUUCUAUCGAAUGCUCCAACGAUGAAGAAAAUACACCAAUUCUACUGUGCAGCGCAUCCCCGUGCCAUAGUGAUAGUGGAUAAGUUUCGUGAUGAGCUGAAUGUGUUCAUGGAAAAACAGGGUGCAGCUAAGCCGGGUCUGCUUGUGCUUACUACCGGUCUUUCGAAGCCGUUUCGGCGUCUUGAUAAGUAUGCCGCCAUACUGCAGGAACUCGAACGCCACAUGGAAAGCGGACAUCCGGACAGAGGCGAUACUCAACGCAGUAUCGCCGUGUACAAGGAUAUUGCUUCCUCUUGCUCGGCUACUCGACGGCAGAAGGAACUAGAGCUGCAGAUACUAACCGGACCAGUGCGCGGAUGGCAGGGUGCUGAGCUGAGCACGCUCGGUGACAUCAUCCACAUGGGCAGUGUGGCUGUUGGGCCAGAGCAUAAGGACCGCUACCUGGUGCUAUUUCCCCAGACGUUGCUGAUAUUGAGCGUCAGCCAGCGAAUGAGCGCUUUCAAGUACGAAGGAAAGCUUCCCUUGACGGGCAUCACGGUGAACCGUUUGGAAGAUACGGAUCAGCUAAAAAAUGCGUUUGAAAUCAGUGGCACACUGAUCGAUCGCAUCGUAGCAGUGUGUCAAGGACCGAAUGAGGCCAAUCGCUGGGUGGAAUUGCUGAGUCCCAAGUCCGGAACAGCUGAGCAGGGCAACACAGGAGCCGUGGACAUGAAGCGCAACGUUAGCAGCUCGGCCGUUAAUAUUCCACAACCUCCACCGCAUAUGUCACCGCCGUCAGCAACCGGAAACAGCCAUCCAUCGCGCAGCGGCACGUCCAGCAUCGUGCAGCACAUGUCGCAACACAAACGCAGCCAGUCGUUCAAUCACCAUCUGAGCUACAAUCAAGUACAGCAGCAGCAGCAGCAGCAGCAACAGCAGCUCCAACAACAGCAACUAAAGCAACAUCAACAGAAUCCAAAUCUGUCAGCUUCCCCGAACUCCCUGAACCUAAAUCGUCUCGAGGCAAACCAAGCGGCUCUAAAUCAAAAAGGUUUUUCGGAAAAAGCUAAUUGGAACAUCACUAACCUAAGACCGGCACCUCCAUUGCGUCCAGCGUUUCUAAGCUCGGUUGCCGUCAGCGGCACGGGCAGUGCUGGAGGUGGAACAGGCGGUGGGCGAAGUGCAACGGCAAGCAUUACCGGAAGCAUUGGAGGAGCGGCGGCCAGCUGUGUCGGCGGUGGCAGCAGUGGAGGAGGUAGCACCAUUUUAAACACCUCCGAUAGCGUGCAUCACAGUUUGAGUUUCAGCUCGAGCUCGAAGGUGUCACCGACCUACGAGGAGGAUGCACUAGUUCUGCGCGUCAUCGAAGCGUACUGUGCCGCCUACCAGAGCACUUCGCGCCACACUAUGCAUUCAGCGCUGCUUCCCUGGACACCGUGUUUGCCAAUCCGCGGUGGAAAGUUGAAAACCAGCAAACACUUUUCCUCGUCCAAUCCGCAGCUACCCUUCACUUGCUCCUCGCUGUCGUCCUACCUCCCGAGCGGUGGCGGUAUCAAGAACAGCCGGACACACACCUCCACAAACAGCAUUAACUCGUCGCACAUUUGGCGGGAAGCUAGUCCGAACAGUUUCAAUCUGUACGCGGCCUCGAUUGCGACACUCAGCAUGCCGAGCGGUGUGCAGCAGCCCCAGUCCCAGCAGCACCUGCAGCAACAGCAGCCGAAACAACAGCAACACCAUCAACGAGCUCGAUAUUCGAUCGGUGGCUACGGCAGUACCGAGUGGCGAUCGCACUCGGAAGAAUCGGGCCGCAAUGCAAACGGUGGGCCGCGUUCUAUUAACACGUUAAAGACAGGACCGCAGGCAGCCACAGGAUACCAUAAUCCGAUCGCUCGAUCCGGCUCAAACUAUGAUAAUAUUUUCAUGAACACAAACACCAACACACCACUGUUAUCGCGCGUUUCUAAGCAGCAGACCGUGUGGAUGAAUGCGAAUCAGCUGCCAGGCGGUGGAAGUUUAAACCUCGCCACGUAUCAACACCAACACCACCACCACCAAUCACCACCACAGCACCAUCAUCGGCAUCGGCACCGGACGACGAGCCGCGAGCUAGAUGCGGUCAUUCCCGACCGGGACACAAGUCCGCCACCGCCGGCACCGGAAGGUGGCGGUUACAUCGGUGGGGAGUAUCUGCCCUUAGGGCACCCGUCCACCGGUACCAGUGGGUCGCUGUACGAUCGUCGCUUGAAUCGGUCGUUCGAGACGGCGCAGGGUUUGAAGCGAAACUCAAAAAUAUCGCAACUCCGCCGUUCGACCCCGCAGCUGAACGGCGACGAUGGAGGAGAGCACGAGGACGCGGAGGCGCGAGGUUCGCUGCUGCAGGAAGACAACCUGCGCGACGAUAUGUCCCGCAACUCGGUGUCAUGCUGCAACAAGCUGUGGAUGUUCUACUGGCAGCACCAUCGAUAGGGUCGACAGGUUUCGUAGGCUCGUGCUGUGCUGCCACACUAGCGGUAGUAGCUUUUUGUUUGUGCCAUUUCAACGCGUUGCCCAAUGCAACCGGACUCUAUAGAGAUAUACCGUACCGUAGGCUGUUGUCCUAACGCAUAGCGAAGGAUGUUCCUUAACUGGGUUCACAAACUAGUUCACUGUUUAAACGUGUAAACGACCAACAACACUAUCCGUCGGUAAUGCUACCCUCACCGUCUCAAGGACCUUCGAUCGAUGCGAUAUGCAAAGCAAACGCCAUACUUUAUACACCAAUUACUAACCGAAUGUUGUACACAGGGUAACCAUAUUCACACAAUGUAGUGGUGUGACGCGUAUAAUCGAUCUAGGAUCGUUUGUUUGUUGAUCAGUUGUAUUGCCGUCGUAGCUUGAUGCUAGCUGGAUGUGUUUCUCUUCAUAUAUCUACUGUGGGCUUGCUUUAUUAAUCUGCCGGCUUGGAAAGAAGGCACCAAUUUGGAAAUGAUAUACUCGCAUAUACCACCCCACCCGCACACGAUCAAACAUCGAAAUUGGCCUACCGUGUAUUUUGCAGUCUGCUAGUUUUUGGUUGUUUAUUAUCGCUUGAAGCGAACGAAUGUCGUGUCGGCCCGGUAUUUGGCCAUUUAGUACAUGGUGCACUUAGUGGUACUCUGAGCGGUCAAACUGCAUAUACAUAUAUACUCCGUGUUGCUUGUUGUGGAUAUACAAUGUAGUGUAGUAGGAAGGAAGGGAUCUACGUGGACGAGAAAUGAUGGGAUGAUAAUAAAUAAAAAAAAACAUACACACUAUUCUACACAAUUCGGCUAGCAAGAAGUAUCUGAUCGUUAGACGUCUACCAGAGUGAUCUUUCACUUUUCACUAUUUAUCCAGCCGCGUAGCACCUCUCGAAGAGUGGCCAAAAACCAUUAUGUGAUAUUAGACGAAGUAGUAAAGAAUCGUGUUUCUGUGUAACCUCUUCCUGUGCGUCCUGUUCGGAACUGUGUCUUUGUAGUAGUGCCGUAGCUGCUUUAUGCUUUAUGUGCUGAGAAAUGUAGUUAGAAUCGAAAGAAUCACUAUUUUCUUAUUUUCCUUGCGUGGUAAAUAUGUUGCCUGAAUAAGCAACGCUCACAUAAUCGCCAAGAUGAUGUGUUUAUGCAAUUCAUCGCCAAACGCUUGUUUGGGAUCUGUUUUUCCCCCUUACCAAAAGAGUAAUAAAAGUUUUCGGCUGUUUAAAAAAGAGGUAGAUAAAUAAAAACAAUCCCCCUUGCUGAGGGUGACAGCAGCAGCAGCAGCAGCAGCGAUGAAAGCGAGUGUCAAGCACGGGGAGAGAUAUCGACCUAGAAAACCGAGAGACCCGUGCCUCGAAAGAAAUGCAGAAAUGCAUGAAGGAAAACGCGUUCACAGAAGAUUAAGUUGGGGCUUGGGUUUCGGUUUUUAUGGCGGAGCAGACGAAAAUAAAUUACUUUUUUUGUACCUCGCGACGCCAGCAAAACAAAUGAGCAUCAUCUCGGAGGGGAUGGUGUGGUGUGUGUGAGUGUGUAAAAGUCGUAUUGUUUUUACUUGCCGGCGGCUGCUUCCGCGAUCUUAGUCAAACCGUCGCCGCCACGCUUGAGCGAGCCGUCGUCAUUUGUGUUGUCCAAAAACGGUAACGAAACGGCUCGAUGGCGGAAGUGUUUGUGGUUCAAAAUGCAGAUUGAUCCCUUUUUUCAUUGCAAUCCUAUGCAGAUGCUUGAGUUCAUUUGUGUUGCAUUUAAACCGUGACGCUUCGUUACGUCAGAUACUCACACACGCACAUCAAACCGAUCGAUUUAUUGAUGCGAUCUACGUUGCGAUCUCGAAGGGAAAGUGUUAGAUUUUUAUUCCGAUUAUUGAUUUUAUGUAAUGUAUUAAACGAAGGGACUGCCUACGGCGCUAUGAUGGAUCGCUAAUUUUUGUGUGUUGCUCAGCAUCGAGCAUAAUUAGUGUGGUUUAUGGUCUGAACGAAGUAGCGUCUUGUUUUAUCUGCCAAGAUUGGUCAUGAAAAGGGUAAUUUUGUUUCGAGGCCGAAAAGAACGUGGUUUCCCAUGGUAAGCGCGGUUCAUCUUUCACUCUUUCUCCUUACAACACUCAACCUACACCUCCCCUCCCCGGAAGACUCCACCGAACAGUAAAACAAUGGCAGUGGGGCAAAGCUAACUGCUGCUGCUAUUGCUCUACGGACACUUCUGUCGUCGCAACCGUAAUAAGGGCUGAUCUAAAUCUAAAAGUGUGAAUAAUUACGCCGCCGCCACCUUCAAAAGAAGUGCAUCCAUCGUGCGCUUUUGAACAAAUUAAACAUAAAACCCCUACCGCAGGCGGGAGGACCUCUUCUUACGGAGGGAGGGCUGACCCGAUUUUGUCCUCCUUUGGCCGGUGCGGUGCGGCGUAUUUCGGUUUCGGACAGUAAUGGGGUCAGUUUGGUGGAGAUUUUGGGCUGCUGGCGUUUUUGAUUAUGUUGUGCUUCUUGUCCCGUUACGCUGAUGUUUUGUAGUUUGUUAUAGUUUCUACCGUGCGGUGGAUAUUUAUGCCUUCUUUUUCUGUAAUAUGAGUGCCGCUCGUGGUGUGGUGGAAGGUGAACAUUGAUUUGUGGUUUGUUUUAUCGUUUCAUAUUUGUUCCUUCUUUUUUUCUUCCUUUCUUUCUCUUUUUAUUUAUCUUUAAUCCGGUUCGAUCAUGCAUUGGUUUUCUCCGCCGCUCGGUUUGCCCUUCUUCUUCCUCCCUCCCCGUGGGACCCUCCCGCUUCGGUCGCUC